AUGGAAACCCAAUCAGAAGCCGCAGAAGAAAGCAUAGCGAGCAUCAAAGACAAGCGUCAGCAACUCGAAGCUCGCAUUGUAGCCCAACACACGAACCACUUGGAGCUUCUCUCUUCUGUUCAAGCUCAAAUUCCUGGUAUUGUUUCUUCUCUCGAUCUCUCUCUCAAGCUCGUAUCCUCCUUCAAUGGACGCUCCUUUACUCCCACACCGGUUCUCCCUGAACCCAAGAACAAACCCUCUAAAUACCCUUUGUCGAGUAGUGACGCUAUGCUCCACAAAUCCCGCCCUAAUCUUCUUCCGUUAGGAGAAGCGAAACCCGCGAUUCAGAAGAAUCGGAAUGCGAAGUCGUUUCCGGGAUUGAAUUCCGAUCGUAAGCGAGUUCGCCAGCCUGAUGGCGGGAAAUUUUCGAUUGGCGAUAGUAGAAGCCCUUUGUCGGUUGUGCGGUCGAUGGUGGCGGUUUGUUUACUCGAACGGGUUCAUUUUACGGCGAUUGAUUCUUCGACGGUGUUGAGGAAAUUGGAGAAUGAUCAGAAGGCUACGGCGGCGGAGAAGGCGGCGUUGCGGGAAUUAGGGGGAGAUUCCGGUGCGAUAUUGGCGGUGGAGAUGGCUUUGAGGUCGAUGGUGGAGGAUAACGGCGGGGUUGAAUUGGAGGAGUUUGUUGUGAGUGGGAAGUCUCGAGUGAUGGUGUUGGGGAUUGAUCGUACUCGGCUUAUGAAGGAAUUGCCUGAGAGUGCUGAUUUUCAGUUGCAGGAAUCGAACUCGGGAGAGGGUAAUUCCGGCCAUAAUCAGAACCAGCAAGUGGUGAGUGGUGGUGGUGUGGAUGGCAAUGGCGGAGUCUUUGGGAUGGGAGGGCCAAUGCCGAGGCCGAUGCCGGAGAUGUGGAUGGGGCCUGGAGACCCCAAUAUGCAGGGACUGUCACCCAUGUUUCCGGGAAGUGGACCUGCAGGUACAAUGGCUGGAGGAAGGGGUCCCCCUGGUAUGAUGGGAAUGAUGGGGAUGCCUAGAGGGAUGGGACUCCCACCAUUGCAUAGGCCAUUGAUGGGGCCAAAUGUGCCCAUGGGUGGCCCCAAUUCAAUGCCGCAGAAGCCUAAAUCUGAGGAGGAUGACAUGAACGAUCUCGAAGCCUUGUUGAACAAGAAGUCGUUUAGAGAAUCGCAGAAGUCGAAGACUGGUGAGGAGCUCUUGGACCUAAUUCACCGCCCAACUGCCAGGGAAACUGCUGUGGCAGCAAAGUUUAAAACUAAAGGUGGUUCACAACUGAAAGAAUACUGCUCAUCCUUAACAAAAGAGGACUGUCGGCGUCAAUCUGGCUCUUAUGUCGCGUGUGAGAAGGUUCAUUUUCGGCGAAUCAUUGCCCCACAUACUGACAUCAAUCUUGGUGACUGCUCUUUUCUUGAUACCUGUCGGCACAUGAAGACAUGCAAGUAUGUCCAUUACGAACUUGAUCCAAUUCAAGAUGUGCCACCUAUGCUUAUGGGAGCUGGAUCUGUUGCUCCUCCCAAACAACUAAAGCCUCAGCGAGCUGAAUAUUGUUCGGAGGUAGAACUUGGUGAAUCACAAUGGAUUAACUGUGACAUUCGUAAUUUUAGAAUGGACAUUUUGGGGCAAUUUGGAGUGAUUAUGGCAGAUCCACCGUGGGAUAUCCAUAUGGAAUUGCCUUAUGGAACAAUGGCUGAUGAUGAAAUGCGCAAUCUCAACGUUCCUGCGCUACAGACCGAUGGUCUGAUUUUUCUUUGGGUCACUGGGCGUGCAAUGGAACUUGGAAGAGAAUGUUUAGAACAAUGGGGAUACAAGCGUGUUGAGGAGCUUAUAUGGGUUAAGACAAAUCAACUUCAAAGAAUUAUUAGAACAGGGCGGACUGGCCAUUGGCUCAAUCAUAGUAAGGAGCAUUGCCUUGUUGGAAUAAAGGGAAAUCCAGAAGUUAACAGGAAUAUUGAUACAGAUGUUGUUGUUGCGGAGGUUCGAGAAACGAGUCGAAAACCAGACGAGAUGUACCCUUUGCUUGAGAGGAUAAGUCCAAGAACAAGAAAGCUAGAAUUGUUUGCUCGCAUGCACAACACUCAUGCAGGGUGGAUAUCUCUUGGUAAUCAAUUGAAUGGAGUGAGGUUGGUUGAUGAAGGACUAAGAGCAAGGUUCAAGGCUGCAUAUCCGAACGUUGAGGUCCAGCCAGCGUCCCCUCCAAGGGCUUCCAUGGAAAUUGAUUCUGGGGCUGCCCAACUCAGGAGUCCCUUCGCAGGAUCAGAAUCAAAAGCAGCUUAUGGGAACCCUACUACGAUUCCUGAGGUACAAUAUGCAGUGGCUACCCCAGAUAAAGCCAUUGCAGUAGGAGUUGACACGGCUAACUGAACCAAAUCGCUCUAAUCUAUAUAUUACAUGAGCUUUUGCAUUGGUUCUGUAUUGUUUUGUUGCUUGAUUUGCGUCUGUAAGUUUCAUGUUUUUUCUUAUUUUAUGUUCCUAUAUUUACAUGCAGUAGGUAAAAUGAGAAACACAAUUUUGAAUAUGAUGAGAGAAUUUUGUGA